AUGAAUCUGAAAGACACCCUUUCGUCACUAUCUAAACUAUCAGCAUCUGUCGAGCAAAAAGACUCGGAUUUGGAUAGUGCUUUAAUGACGCUAUCUUUUGCGCAUGUUUAUUUUCAAGACACAGAAACAUCGGAUGAUUCGAGUAAUUCAGAAUCGAUCGAGAAUUCUGAAAAAAAUAUUGAAAUGAGCGACAAUGCAAUCAAACAAAACAUAAACUGCACAAAAGAUACCAUAAACGAUUGUAAGACCUUGGCUGUAAUAAAGAAUGAAAAAUCUGAAGAUGAUUCGUAUGAUAGCAUAGAUGUUGAAGAUGAAAUUGAAAUCACCGUAAAUCCUUUAAUUUUAUUAUUUGAUGAAAACAAUAAAAUAAAAGUUCUAACCCACUUUGAUGAAUCUUAUGACGAGUAUUUAUUGAGCUAUACUGAUUACCUAUGGGACUUAAUUAAGACAAACGAAAGCCUAGAUAUGAUAAAGCGUGGACUUCAUAAGUUAUUAAUCUAUAGUCACAAUAAGAUUGUAGCAACUUAUCUCAUAAAACAUCAUGUAUUACAAGGAAUAAUGGAGCAAGUGAAAAAUAAACCAAAACUUAUGGUUCAUAGCAACGUGCAACGCACGUUGGCAGUUGGCAUUUGGCACAGCAGCACAAAGACAUUGAGAGUGUCCGAUCGUUUUGGGUUUCUGGAAUUUGCCCGCGACUCCACGCCGCCAACGACAAUGAACAACGAACUCACGAUCGACAAGUUUCCCGCUUUGAGGUCGAAACAUGUUUACAUCAGGGACAAGGUCGCGGUUCUGGAAACGAUAAAUGCGAUUAGGCAAAGUGGCGUAAAUAAUCUGCAGAUAGUCACGGAUUUCGACUUAACCCUUACAAAGCAACACAUAGACGGCAGACAUGUACUCAGUAGCUUUGGUAUGUUCCGAAAAUGCAAGCAAUUACCGCAACAAUAUUUAGACAAAGCUAAGGAUUUAUACGACAAAUACAGACCUAUAGAGAUAGAUCCAGAAAUGCCUGUGAAUGAAAAGGCAGAUGCUAUGCGUGAUUGGAUGAAUGCUGCACAAAAUUUAUUAAAGGGCAUCGAGUUUGAUCCUCAUGAAUUGGAGGAAGUAGCCCAAGCAUUUGACAACAUAUUGCGCGACGGUACAGAAGAAUUUUUUGAAAAGCUGUAUAAUACUAAAGUACCAAUUAUUAUAUUUAGUGCUGGUUUGGGAGACAUAGUGGAAGCUGUGUUGAGGUACCACAAUGCUCUCUUCGAUAAUGUAAAAAUAUUCUCCAACUUUCUCAAGUAUAAUGGAAAUCAAUUGGAUGGAUUUAAGAAUGACAUGCCUAUACACGUAUACAACAAGAAUGAAUGUGCAUUGGAAAAAAAUUAUUUGAAGAUACUUCAAAAGAGACAGAAUGUAUUGUUAAUGGGCGACACGGUCGGUGAUGCUAACAUGGUAGAAGGAAUAGAGGACACUAAGGCGGUCCUAAAAAUUGGCUUUCUUUACGAGCACGUGGAGGCUAGCUUAAAUUCAUUCAUGGAAAACUUCGAUAUCGUUCUAAUCGAUGAUCAAACGAUGCAAGUGCCGAUAGAGAUUAUACAAAAUAUCUUGUAAUACUGUCUGUACCAAUGCUCUUUUUUCACCUGCGUGUACAUGUACGCAUCUACAAAGAUGUAAACAUCACGCAUACGUGAUCGCUCUGUAAUUCAAAAUA